AUGGAUUCUCGCUUCCAAUUCUCUUCUUCAUCAUCAUGUUUCAAUCGUCCCACAAAACUGUCCAAAAACGUCAAAUUUGAGUUUUCGAGUCAGGAAAUCGCAUUGGAUCGUUUCAACACCACCCGAAUGGAACCUUUCUUCUCCAUUGGCCACACUAUUGGAAAGCAACUUAGUAAAUUAUGCGACGACUUUGACAAGGAGAUGAUGGCGCAUGCUCACAAAACGUCGAUCGUUGCAACUGUGAAAUCGCUAUGGAACGUCAUGUUCACCAACUUCUCUCCCCAAGAAGCUUUUUGUUUUGACGUAAAAAACAAGAACAGCCGCACUCGUCGCCAUUGCUCCGUUAUUGCCAAGCGUUGCCGAGUUCUCUUCUCCAAAGUUUUCAAUUUCAUCAUCAAGUGUUAA